AUGACUGAUGGAAAUAAAUCUCUAAGAAUUGACUGGUUUGAUGGAACCGUUAUAGAAGAGACGAGACCAAGUUCCUCGCAAUUCGCUGAUGAAGAAGUUGCCAUUUCCAAACCUCAGAAAGCUUUGGAUAUUGAAAGGAAACCUAUUGGGUUCAAACGGCUUCUUGACAUUUCCUUUAUGAAACCGCCUUCUCUAAAUAUAGAAUUAGCCAAUAGGCCUGGGUUUUGGCUUUUGUUCAGUAGCGAAUUAAAGGACGAUUACAUUGUUUUGAUUGUCAAAAUAUUAGCAGCUUUAUACAAAUCAUUGGACCGCGGUGAAAAAGCUAAAGUUAGCUUUUUGCUAAAAACUAAGUUUCUUGAGUCAACAUUCUUAGCACAGCUUCAGGAUUACUUAGCUAAAUUACCUUUAGUGAGAAUAGUUGAAAAACGGUUAAAUAUGCAGUUUUGGGAUGAUGUUGAAUCAUUUUACAAUAAUGUUUAUGAGUUAUUUCAAGGUAUCUUUAACUACAGAGAUUAUUCAAAUGAGUUUUUAAGUCUAUUGAAUGAUUUAAUUGAAACUGCAGUAUCAAGUGCUAUAGGAGUCCAAGAAGAACACAGUGAAAGAAUUGGUGAACACUAUUAUACAAAGAUAUUAGAAUUGAAAGAACAAAUUCUACUAUCAAUAUCUCAGGGUGAUGAAACAAUUAUCACACAAAAUAAAAAGCUUGACAUAAAUAGUUUUAGAAACAUCUCAAUCUUUCCUACAAAAGAGGAUCUACUUGGUGAUCCUUUAGUGAAUAUUCAGCCAAAUAUAAUUCAUGGUGCUUAUUCAAAUGUGGAACACUAUUUAGAUGUUCAGUUCAGGCUGUUGAGAGAAGAUUGCUUUGGGCCACUCAGAGAUGGAAUAUCAAAAUAUUUACAAAAUCCAAACAAAAGAAGACAUGAAAACAUACGAGUGUAUCCAAAAGUAAGAAUAAUAUCCACAUAUCUAAGUGCAAACAAAGUGGGCUACUUAGUAGAUAUUGCUUGGAGUGAACGGAAUAGUCAGAAAUCUGUUGAUUGUACAAAAUAUGGAUUCAAUAAGCAACUUAUGUUUGGAUCAUUGUUACUCUUUACAAGUGACAAUUUCAAUAAUAUAUUAUGUGCAUCUGUUUUGGAUGUUAAUCCUGGCUUAUUACGUCAAGGUUAUAUUGCAGUUGCAUUUGAUAGUCCACUUUCGAAAAAUAUAUUCUCUCAGAAGCUCCUAAUGGUUGAAAGUGAGGUGUUUUUUGAGCCAUACCACAGAGUCCUUAAAGUCUUGCAAAACUGCAAACCAGAUGAAUUGCCUAUGAAGAAUUAUAUUGUGGAUGUUCAGCCAAACACAAACCCUCCCUCUUACCUAACCCCAGACACGAUAUACAGUAUUCAAAGUAAAAAUGGCGAAAUAUACUUUCCCGUGUUAGAUAACUCACAAUGGCCCACUUCAGAUUUAUUUGAUUUAGACCAGUCCCAAAUGGAGGCAUACAAUUUCGCCCUAACAAAAGAAUUCGUAGUAAUACAAGGCCCUCCUGGUACAGGCAAAACGUUCCUAGGAGUCAAAAUCGCUUCCACUAUUCUAAAGAACUUGUCCCUAGACGGUACACCAAUGCUUAUAAUUUGUUACACGAACCACGCCUUAGAUCAGUUUUUGGAAGGAAUUUUGAACAUAACAGAUAAUAUAGUUAGACUUGGCAGUCAAAGUAAGAGCAAAUUACUUGAAUCGUAUACUUUACACAAUUUGAGAUCGAAGAGAAAGUCGAAAUAUGGAUAUUUAUAUGCCAGUAAACGGUCUGAAAUGGAAAAAGUAUUUAAUGAAAUGAUGGAAAUUCAAACUGACAUUGACAAGUGCGGAAAGGAACUACUGUGCUAUGAGACGAUUAAGCCAUUUUUGAAUUUGGAACUGAAAAGUUGUGAUGAAGACCCAACACUAGCGUGGCUCUUCGGAAAUGAAAAACUUGCAGUGGACGAAGUUAAUGAUUGGGAAAAAGAGUGUGAAGUUUCAGGAACGGAGACAGUUGAAACGUGCUUUUCAGAACAUUGGGCUUUGAAAGAAAUAGAUUCUAUGAAAAAUAGUAUUAAAUAUGUCGAAGAUAUUACAGAUGAGAGCAUGGACAGACAGAAAAUGAUAGAAAAAUUUCAACUCCAGAUUGAAAAGAUACAUCAGCGGCUGGAUUGUUUUGAGAAAUUUAUGGAACGACAAAAUGAGGGUAGGAAAAUCAAAUUUGAAUUAAUAAAGGAUUUAUAUAGUUUGUCAAUUGAUGAGAGAUGGGAUGUCUAUUUCUACGUAGUGGACCUUCUUAAAAACAAAUUAACGAAGAAAAUGGAAGAGUUAUUGAGUGCUCGGUCUAGCUUCGAGAAGGUUCCGAUCUUCCCUCUCUCUCGCGUAUCGUUCCGUCCUUGUCCCACACCUAGUAAAUUCGUUCUAGAACAUUCCUUCGUCAAAGGGGUAUAA